CCCCACCCACUAACGUCAGAGGCCAGAAGUGAGCGUUGCUGGGGCCCGGAUGUGAGGAGAACGCGACUGCGGGGAGAGCGGAGAGCGUGUCUCGACCAGCACUUGGAUUCAGCUUCUUCAUUUCCAACAUGGAAGAAACCUACAUCGAUUCUCUGGACCCUGAAAAACUAUUACAAUGCCCCUAUGAUAAAAACCACCAGAUCAGGGCCUGCAGGUUUCCUUAUCAUCUUAUCAAGUGCAGAAAGAAUCAUCCUGAUGUCGCAAACAAAUUGGCUACUUGUCCCUUCAAUGCUCGCCACCAGGUGCCUCGGGCCGAAAUCAGCCACCACAUCUCAAGCUGUGAUGAUAAGAGUUGUAUUGAACAGGAUGUUGUCAACCAAACCAGGAACCUUGGACAAGAGACUCUGGCCGAGAGCACCUGGCAGUGCCCUCCUUGUGAUGAAGACUGGGAUAAAGAUCUGUGGGAACAGACCAGCACCCCAUUUGUCUGGGGCACAGCCAACUACUGUGGCAACAACAGCUCUGCAAGCAAUGUAGUUAUGGAACAUAAGAGUAACCUGGCUUCAGGCAUGCGUGUUCCCAAGUCUCUGCCAUAUGUUCUGCCAUGGAAAAACAAUGGAAAUGCACAGUAACUGAAUAUCUAUCUCAUCAAAUGCCAGACCCUAGAAGACUCUUGAUUCUUCUUGCUACCAAAGGGUUCUUCGUUUUUUUUUUCUCCUAAUCUAAUUAUAGAAAGAUAAACUGUGACUUUCAAACUGACAAGGUCUUUUUUUUUUCCCUCCCUGCUUUGAGUCUCAUUCAUUUGAUGCAGGAAAGAACCCUCAAACUCAGAAGAACUGUUUCAAAUAAAGCAUCAACAUAGAUA